AUGGGAAGACCACCUUGUUGUGAUAAAGAAGGUGUCAAGAAAGGACCUUGGACUCCUGAAGAAGAUAUCAUAUUGGUGUCUCAUAUACAGGAACAUGGUCCUGGCAAUUGGAAAGCUGUUCCCACCAAUACUGGGUUGUCAAGGUGCAGUAAGAGUUGUAGACUUAGAUGGACUAAUUACCUUAGGCCAGGAAUCAAAAGGGGUAACUUCACAGAACAAGAGGAGAAGAUGAUAAUCCAUCUUCAAGCACUUUUAGGGAACAGAUGGGCUGCUAUAGCUGCAUACCUUCCACAGAGAACAGAUAAUGACAUAAAAAACUAUUGGAACACCUAUUUGAAAAAGAGGCUCAAGAAAUUGGAAACAGGUUCUGAAGGAAGCUUGGGACAUGGUUUUUCAGCUUCUCAACCAAUGCCUCGAGGUCAAUGGGAAAGAAGGCUCCAAACUGAUAUCCACAUGGCCAAAAGAGCUCUUAGUGAGGCUCUUUCACCAAACAAGACACCUUGCUUACCAGAAUCAAAUCUUUCCAAUGGUGGCUCUUUCUGUACCAUUAAACCAACACAGUCUUCAAGCUAUGCUUCAAGUGCUGAUAACAUUGCUCGUUUGCUGAAAGGGUGGAUGAAAAAUGCACCAAAGGCCUCAUGUGCUAACUCAGCUAUGACACAGAAUUCCUUUAAUAACUUGGCUUAUGCAGGGAAUGACACUGCUUCUAGUGAAGGAACCACAAGUUGGGGGGCAAAGGGAAACAACAAUGUUGAGUUAUCUGAGACUUUUGAAUCUUUGUUUGGUUAUGAGUCUAAUUUGGAUUCUUCAAAUUCUGAGUUUUCUCAAUCUCUUUCCCCUGAGGCUACUCUUUUCCAAGAUGUGAGCAAACCAGAUGAUGAUGCUAAUGCAGAAAUGCCCUUCUUUUUGCUUGAGAAAUGGCUUCUAGAUGAUGCUGCUUGUCAAGAAAAAAGUAGCUGCAGUGAUAUUACAGCUUAUGCAGUUACCAAUAUGUUUUAG